AUGGUCGGCUUUGACAUGCGUGGUUUGACACCGGCUCCGGUAACUCCCUUUACGCCGGACGGUGCAGUAGACUACGAAGCUAUACACCGGCUUGGUUCCUGGCUUGGAGGCAUCGAAGGAGUCAAGGGACUGGUUGUGCUUGGCCACGCUGGCGAGGGCACCUUUCUCACCACUGAAGAGCAAAUCUCCGUCAUCAAGGCUUUCGUGAAGUCUGUGGAUAAUAAAAUACCAAUCAUUGCUGGUAUCACUGGCGAGGGCACCGAAGUGGCCGCGUUAGAAGCAAAGCGUGCCAAAGAAGCUGGCGCGGCUGCCGGCUUGCUAUACCCAUCUCAUGGCUGGCUACGCUUCGGAUAUCAGCCUGGGGCUCCUCAAGAUCGGUACCGCCGAGUAUAUGAGGUGUCCGGCCUGCCGUUGAUCCUCUUCCAGUAUCCGGACAAUACAAAGGCGACCUACAGCUUACAGACUAUGCUUGAUAUUGCUGCUCAACCCGGCUGUUUUGCUAUGAAGAACGGUGUGCGCAACAUGCGCAGAUGGGAUACGGAAAUUCCUGUCAUUCGGGCCCAACGCCCCGACCUACAAAUUCUCUCUUGUCAUGAUGAAUACCUAUUGCACACUUCCUUCGACGUCGACGGUUUCUGGUUGGCUACGGGAACAUCGCCCCCGAGCCUCUUAUCGAGUUGA